AUGUAUUCUGAUUUCACUCAACUAGAUUCUUCAUGUUCGAUUGGCAAAAAUCGUGUACGAUCGAUGGUUAAUCAACUUAAUGCUGCAGUAUCAUCUACUCGUCCAGCUGCUCCAUCGAUCAUAUCUGUUAAACGUACAACACCAACUUGUCCGCCAACAGUUAAUUCUCGUCGACCAGGAUCAACAGAAUCAAUAAUAAAUUCAACACCAUCAACUACUAAAACUACAAUAACAUCACCCAAUCGUCCAUCACUUCAACGCGCAAUGACAAUUAAUAACAAUAGUUCAGGAUCACCAUCAACAUCUUCAACAACAAAUAAUAAUAUUCCAUCAGCUUAUAAACGAAAAACUCCACUUAUUCGUUCAACAUCUAAUGUAAAAGAAGGUCUUCUUCGUUGGUGUCAAGUACAAGUUGCUGAUUAUCCCAAUGUAUCAGUAACAAAUCUUUCAUCAUCAUGGUCGGAUGGCCUUGCAUUUUGUGCUUUAACUCACCAUUUUUUUCCUGAUGCAUUUGAUUUCAAUAGUUUAUCAUCAACCAAUCGUAAAGAAAAUUUUGAACUUGCUUUUCGUACUGCGGAAGAACGAGCAGGUAUACCACGAUUACUUGAUGUUUCGGAUAUGCUUAUUAUGGGUAAUACACCUGAUUAUAAAUGUAUAUUUACUUAUCUUAAUUCAUUUUUGGCAAAAGUUAAAGAUAUUCAUCCAAUAACAAAUGGUAUUGAACAUAAUUAA